AUGCCCAACUCUCGACAGAAUGAGAUCACAUCAGAGCUUAUCAUCACAAAGAUCUUGCUCGAGGGGUCUUUGCCUGCUCUAAGCUGUGGCGGCUCCAGAAAUGCUGGUGAACCGUAUUGGUCGUUUUUGGAAAGGCGAGUAGAUCUUCCCAUAAUCGAGACUCGAUACUCUCUCCGCAGCUUUCGAGGCGAGGAGAAAGGUGAACGUGGAGAGAAGGUACCCGUGCCACCUGAGGUUGAAGCAGUGGUGAACGAGUUUCUGAGCUCGGCAGAUCAUCCCGAGUCUUCGGUGGCGCAGUGGGGAGAUCCGGUGGAGAAGUACCGAGAACAUACUCAACAAGUUCAUAUCAGCGAACUUGACCUACUCUCCGACGUCAUAGAGUGCGCGUAUACAGUGCAAGAACCGCGGCCAAUCACUUAUCGAGUCCAUUCGACGGUGAAAGACUUUUUGGAUGACGGGGGCACUCUACUUGGUCCUCAUGAUCGACCGAUGGAUCAGAUGGAGUACGAAGACAAGCUGAAGCGCGCGAUAGCGAGUGCGAAGGGUGUAGACGGGUUAUGUGCCGAAUUACCUGGCACUAUCAAGCUGGCUUUCACCACCAACGUCGGCCAACCCACGAGACUGGAGAGAUCGGCGGCCUUCUCUGGGGACGGGCAGGAUGGAGAGGUAAUGGGGCCGAAAGUCUUGGAUCCAGAGAUCAGUGUGUCGAGUCGAGUCAUGGAUGACUGUCCUGAAUGGGUCCACAGAAAUAAGGCGGCGCAAGUAUCGUACAGCCAAUCGUUCUUCAAAGCUCUUUACAAUGCAGCAUCCACAGAUGUGACAAUCGAACUUGGGCCGAGGACAUCCGCGGAGGAUUUCAUGGUUGACACGAAGUGCUAUGAACAAGGUAUGUUCAAUCAAGCAGCAUACCAAACCACUCGUGAGAUAUCCUCCUUGCAAGGAGACGGGGUGGAGAGAGAGGAUGGGCAGGCUCUGGAUGGACACUCGGUCAAGGCUGCGUGGGUCGACGAUCCCAUGUUUAGGGUUCUGUCUGGACGGCCGACCAGAGAUCGUCGAUACCAUUCUCAAAGAUCCUUGACGUAUCAGGAUUCCAUUGAGGAGGGUCUUGAGACGAUGCGAAGGGCUUGA